ACAGCGUUACGGUUGGAUGCGGGUAUUUUGAGGUCAGUGCUUACUGAUUGCCCUGAGAUGAGUAGUUUCCCAUCACUGGAAUAUCGAUCGCUAAAAAGAAAAGAACACUGUCCUCCAGAUGUUUAUUGUCAAAGGAGCGAGCAGAAAGAGGAUUUGAUGUGUGAGGAUUUCGUCAAAGACGGUUUUAAAUACACUAAACCAGUACGUGAUGAAUAUGAAUCAUGUAAGGAGGAAAGUCGGUUUCUAAAUUCAGACGCUGUUUGGAGCUUUUAUUAUAAUGUUAUGUUAAAGAAGUAUGAGUGCUCCAACUUUCAAGAUUUUAAGAAACGUCAAACCACUAAUAUCCGUGAUACUGUUAUUCCGGCUAUUGAUAUGUACAAAGAACAGGUUUGUGAUUGGUUUAGAGAGCUUUCUAGCAACGUUCCACUGCAAAACCUUGGACGUCGUGUGCCUUUUUUCAAAGAUAAAGAAGAAAUUUUACAUGAGUUGCUUUCCAACAAAGUUCCUAUAACUCGAGCAUUAUGGUUUAUUAAUAUAAGCGUCAUCCAGUCAACAGCAGUUGCUGAAACUGCAAAGAAAAAGCCAAGAGCACCUCAGGAUCCUACUGCCGACUGGUCAUCUACGCUCUGUCGCUUGCUUUCGCGUUCAUUGGAGCCAAUUUAUGCACCCGUUAAGCAUAAUGAACUCAUAUCACUCUUUAAUGAUUGGGAUUAUCUUUUUUCGCUGCUUUUAGCCAUGUAUGAUUCGGACAUGGCAGACCACUGGGAAGUCAUACUUUGGCUAAUUAAAGUUGCAGAAAGUGUUAAUCAACAAAUUCAUGGACAAUCGUCACCCUCAACAGUUGCUUCAUCACCUUCAGAUCGUUCGGCACUUACUAGCAAAUGUGCUUCUGAUUUCCCUCUGAAGUUUAUUUUGCAUUACCUCAUUAAAUUUGGACGUCGGUUUACUGAGAGUGAAUUGUUAAUUCGAAGGCUACUUUACUGGUGUUGCACUACGUUUGCAGAUGUUGUAUUUGCUUGUACUGGAUCUAAAUAUGCUCAUUCAGUUGGUACAUUACAAGGUAUUUUAAAUGAGUAUAAGGAUUUAUGCACGUGCCCUCUACAUCAAAAUAUUUCCACAUCACUGAGUAGUUUAAUUAUCUUCAUUGUAUUAAGCUGUCCCUCAGCUGCGGUGUGGAAUCCAAUACCUUUUGAUACUGAUUACGCUUAUUUUAAAGGAUCACCUCUUGAUCAUAUUCCACACUCAUUAGUUGCACUUCCUCUACCAUUUGGAGAGGAAUCAACAUCGAUACGCAAGUGUUUGUCCGAAGUUGAGGAAGACAUAAUAAGACGUAGUCAGCUCGUUGAAUCUGGUUGGCUGAUUGAACCAUGCUCAGGAAAUAACGGCGAAAACAUUGAACGUCUUGUUCGUCUACUUGACAUUUUAGAUCGUCAUGAAUAUCAUUUAGUUCGUGAACCAAAUCCAAUGGAAUCUUUAUAUAAUCGUAUAUUCAAUGAUGAUUCAAUUCAUGUAGAUACAGCCACUAUUGUGAUAACUUUAUGUGAAUGGGCUGUAUCACCAUAUCGUAUUGGAAUUUAUCGAUCAAUUGUAGUUGCAUGCCUUUUGGAACAAUUAAAGAAUACAUUCUAUGGAGAUCAUAAUAUAAACAAUAGUAAUAUCAGUAAUAAAGAUACUAUAUCAUUAUCAACAGCUCCAGUGAAUACAGUCUCAAGUACUGGGAGUCAUGUUAGUGGUAUUACAACAACAACAAUAACAGCAGGUACUACUACUACUACCACCACUACUACCACUACUAGUUCUAAUACUACUACUAACGUGAAAAAUACUACUACUAAUAAUAACAAUAUCAAUAUAAUGAGUAGUCAAGCUUAUCAAUCUUUACAAGAAACAUUAAUAAAAUUUCUAGAUAAUUGUACUAUACACUUACCACCAUUCAAUGGUGAACAAUCAUUAAUUGAUAAUCAUUUAAUACGUAAUCUUGUUUGUUUAUUCUCUGAAUUAAUUGAUCGUGAAGUAUUUGAUCAUGAUUAUUAUGUAAGAUAUUUUAUCGCUCGUGGUGUUUUUGAUACAAGUUUACAUCCAUUAGCUUUAAUAGAUAAUACUAUGCAAAACAAGAUAAAUACAAAUCCAUUAUCCAUUAAUAAUAAUAACCAAUCUGUUAAUACACCAACAAAUAUAACACGUACUACUACUACUAAUACUACUACUACUACUACUACUACUACCGGUGGUACUAAUGUAUCAACAACAUCAAUUCCAUAUCAUUCUCAAACAACAGCACAACAUUCUGUUAAAUCAGAAUUCUCUGAAGAUAUGGAUCGUUCUAGUAUGGAUAAUCCAGAUUCUGUACGUUCAGAAUGUGGUAUUUUAAAUGUAAUGUCAUUACAAUCAAUGAAUCAUCAAUCAUUCUCAUCCUCCUCCUCAUCAUCAUCGAAUAAUCAAGGAACUAUUCAUUCUAAUCGUCAUUUACAUUAUUUAAUACAAUUUCCUAUACCACAAGAUGAAAGUUAUGUGCAUGAACAAAAUCAACGUUAUCAAUUAUUAUAUGGUUCAGUACGAUCAAGAGAUCGUGCAAGAUAUCCUAUACGUAAAUUAAUACGUGAUAUAUGUAAAUUAUUUACUAAAAAAAUUUAUUUAAUUGAUGUAUAUCAUGGUGAACUUGGUCGACGUAAAAAGAGUAAAGAUAGAGAACGUGAUAAAGAUAUUAAUACUAAUAAUACUACUAAUACUAAUAAUAGUAAUAUCAGCUCGAAUAAUGUUGGAACACCACUUGGAUUAGGUACAUUUGUUGGACAAUCUACAACUUCUACUGGAAUAGGAAUAUCGAAUAAUGGUAGUAAUGUUGUAGGGAAUGGAUCUAAUCAUCGUAAUGUUAGUAAUAAUAAUAAUAAUAGUAAUGAUGAAACACGAUCAAUUGAUGAAAUACAUGAAGAUAUAAUAAAACGUUUUAUUAAUUUAUCAUUUUAUGAUAUGGAUUAUGUAUUAUCUCAAUGUACUCCUGUAUUUGUGAAAAUGUUAAAUGGUUCUAAUUUUCAUUCAACUAUUAAUGCAUCAUCCAAUGAAGAUAAUAAUAAUAAUAAUUCAAUGAAUACAAAUUCACCAUUAUCAUCAUCAUCUUGUUCAACGAAUACUCAAAGUACUACUACUACUACUACUACUAGUAGUAGUAGUAGUAGUAGCAUCGUUACUACCGUUAACAACAAUUCUAGCAACAACAAUUCUAAUAAUCAAUUAUCCAUAGCAACAACAAAUAAUCAAUCUCAUAUUUAUAUGCCUGUACCUAAUUCAAUAUUUUUAUAUUUUGAAUUAAUUGAAACUUCAUUAAAUAUUACAUCUUUAAUCUUAACUAUUAUUGAUACAUUAGAACGUUUAAAGAUAUUAUUUGAAAAUCGUACACAUUUUAUGACAUUAUAUAUGUCAUCUUUAUGUCUUAGAUCUGUUGGUAUAUUACAACGUUAUCAAAAUGUAUUAUUUACAAUGGGUGAUUUAUCUUGUCGUUUAUUUCCUACAUUAAUUGAACAAGUUCGACAAGUUAAAGAACCAACACAAUGUGGACCAUUAGAACGUUGUAUAUUAAUUUAUUUAAAUGAUUUAUUUACAUCUAAUAUUGUAAUUAAAACACGUUUUACACCAAUUUAUGGUAAAGCUCAUCAAAAAGUUAAUGCUUUAUUACGUCGUAUUGAUCCAAAUGAUGGUAUAGGACAAUUUGAUCCAGAUUAUGCAAAUGAUUUAAUUACAAUUACAUCAUCCAUAGAUAAUAUGAUAUCAUUUCGUAUAUAUGCUGAUGAUUUACGUAAUAAACCUGAUUCACGUUAUAGUUUUGUAUGUAAAGCAAUUAUAUGGAUAUGUCAAGCUAAAACAAUAGAACAUGUGAAUUAUUUAUGUGGUUUAUGCGCUGAAUUAACAUCACAAUGUAGUGAAUUAACAUCAGAAUGGCUUGGUGCAUUCUAUGCUAUUUUAGCACCUCAUUCAUAUAUUCAUGGUUAUAGUACAUUAAUUAAUACAAUUGAUCCAAGUCAAAUAUGGAUAUAUGAUAAUUUAAGUUCAUUAAUUGGUACAUUAUUAUCACGUUAUUGUUUUACAAUAUCAGAUUUUUUACGUUUAGUUAUAUGUCCAGCAAUGGCUCAAGGUUUAGAUAAUAUAACACAACCAGUAAAUAUACAAUUAAAAUCAAUUAUAUCAUUAGCUUGUCAUAUAUUACAUUGUUUAUUUACAGCUGAAUCAACAAUUAGUUCAUUACAAACAACAUCUAAUGUAUUAACACCAAAUUCUGAUAUGAAUUUAUCAAAUACUACUACUACUACUAAUAAUAAUACUACUGAUAACUUAUCAACAUCUCCACCUUUUCGUAUUUCAGAACCAUUAUUAUUAACUGGUGCUUUACAAAAAGUUACUUCAGAAUUUCUUGUUGAUGUAUUAAAAAUGCUUAUUGUUCAUAGUGAUAAAGCAUCCGUUGAUAAUAAUAAUAAUAAUACUGGAUCUUAUUCACAAGAUGAUAUGAUAGAUGAAACUGAUAAUGUUCCAGGAAAUAAUGAUGAUACUGAUGCAAAUCAAGAUGAUGAUGAUGAUGUUGGUGGUGGUGGUGGUGGUGGUGGUGGUGCUGGUGAUGAUGAUGAUGAUAAUGAACAUGAUGAUGAAAAUAAUGACAAUGAUGGUGGUGGUGGAACACAAGAUAAUAUUGAUGAUAUUAUAACAACAGAUAUUGAUUUAGAAGGUGAUCCUACCAUAUUACGUCAUACAACACGUAAACGUACUCGAACUAAAUUAUCACAAUAUCAAAAAGAUAAUAAUUCUAAAAUAAAACGAUUUAAAUUACAAUCUAAUCAUAAUUCUCAUUUAACUCAUCAUAAAACAAAUCCAAAAAUACAUUAUAUUAUACAAAGAUUUUUAGAACAUGAUAUUUUACCAACCACAAUAGAAUUACGUUCAUUACCAUUAAAUGCAUUAACACAAUUAGUAUUACGUGAAAUUUGUACUAUUUCAUGGGUACGUGAACGUUUUUAUCAAAUGACAUCGAAUCAAUUAAUUCGUGAAAAUGUAUUAAUUGAUAAAAAUUUUACACAAAGUCAAGCAAGACGUUUAUUACAUAUUAUUUAUUGGCCAUAUGAUAUAAAAUGGAUUGAUAUAGCAUCAACAAAUGAUGGUUUAUCUGGUGCUAUGUGUCAUAUAUUACAUCAUUUAAAUAUAUGGACAUUAAAAUGUACACAAAUUGAAUUUCAAUUAUUAUAUUCACAAAUAUCAUUUUCACAACAAACUGAAAUACUUGGUUAUUUAGCACAAUCAAUUGUAUAUGGAUUUCAAUCACAAAUUAUUAAUUGGCUUGAUUUUAAUAAUCAUAAUACAACUGUUUCCAUGGCAACUAAUAAUAAUAAUAGUAAUACUAAUACAACGACUACAAGUAAUAAUAAUAAUAAUAAUUCUAAUACUACUAAUAAUAGUAAUUAUAUGAAUUUUCAAGAAGGUUCCAUUGGACAUUUAAUAGAUGAUUUACCAAUUAUUGAAUUAGAUGAUAAUGAUCCUGUAUGGUUAUUUCCUGCAUUAAUAGCUAAAUUACCAAAAUCAUUAAAAGCUCAAAUUGUAAAAGUUACAUCUGAGAUUUUAAAAGGUAUUAAAAAUUUUUGGAAAUAUAAAAAUGAUGAAGAUAAAGAAAGUAUUCUAUUACAUCAUUCUAUGUUAUUAAAACAUCCAAUUUUUUUCUCUGUCUUACAAAUAUGUUUACCUGAUUGUGAUUUUUUCAUUGAUUCAUUAUAUGAACAAAUUGAAUAUUUUUUAUUAAAUUCACGUUAUUUAAUUGAUCAUGUACCGGAAAAUUUAAAUACUCGGCAAAUUAUACAAAAUUGUUUAAAAUAUCGUUUAAUAUUAGUUGGACAAAAAUUUCAUUUAAUUCAAUUAGAUAUUGAUAUGACAAUACGUUGGAUUACAUUAUUGACUCAAUUAAUUUGUUAUGGAAUUAUAGAACCAGAAUCGAAUUCUUUAUUAUUUUAUAUGGUUUAUGAUAUGUUACAAUUAUUAAUACAUACAUUAACAGCACGUACUGGUAUUGAAGGUAAACAUUAUCAAAUGAUUGUAAAGAAAUUACGUCGUGAAUUAUUAGAACAUCCAUUAAAUACUGGUAUUGAAUUAAUACGUCCAUUAUUAUUAUUAACUAAAAAUUCAUAUACAAUAUUUGUAACUGGAUGUCAAUUACGUCAUCAUAGUUUACGUGGUGGUUUCAUGAGUAAUACUAGUGGUGGUAAUAGUAGUAGUGGUGUUGGUAGUUGUGGUAGUGGUACUGGAUCUAAUGGUGGUGGUAGUGGUGUUAAUUCUAGUGGUAUUGGUAAUAAUAAUAAUAGUAAUAAUAAUAAUAAUAAAUUAAGUCAUUCAAAAGGUUCUAAUAAAGCUGGAAAUGGUUUAUUCACUGGUGGAUCAAGAUUUCUUACUUCAUCCUCAUCAUCAUUAUCAUCUAAUUCUAUACAAUUAGGUAAUAUUAAUCAAUUAAAAAAACAUGGUUAUCAAUUAUUAGGUAAAGAACGUUUUAAUCCAUGGGAAAUAUAUGAUCCUAGUAAACAAUCCUUAUUAUUAUCUAUUCAUGGUGCUAUGAAUAUAGAAUCAAUAUUAUCACGUAUUGAACAACAAGCAAAUCGUUUAAUACGUCAUGAUCAUUUUCAUAGAAUGUAUCAUUCACCAGAAUUUUAUAUGAUACCAAUGUAUCCACAAAUAUAUGAUGAAGAUAUUACAAUGAAAGAUCUUGAUGAACAUAAUCAUAAUGAUCUUAUUAAAAUGAUAAAAACAGAAGAAAAUCUCAAUAAUAAUAAUAAUGAUACUACUAAUAGUAUUACUAACAAUCCUCCUAUAAGUAGUAUAUACAGUAAGAAUCAUAACAAUAAUUCUAUGGAUGUAAUGAGAGAAUCACAAUUAUUAUCAUUAAAUGAAAUGACACAAUUAACUCACACAAAUGUAUCUGAUUGCUCAAAUCAAUAUCUACCGAUCAAUGGUAAUGAUAAUAAUAAUAAUAUUAGAAGUGGGGACUCGAACAAUAACUAUCACCAGUCAUCUACCAGUGGUGUAGUAUAUGAUCCAAAACAUAAUAUCACUAAUAUAUCAUGUCAUUCUACAAUGAAUUUAAUGUUAAAUGAAUCAAAUUCAUCUAUAAAAUCUGUUAAUCCUAUAGAUUGUGGUAAUAGUAGUAAUAUGAUGAUGACAAUGAUGACAACAUCAUCUGGAUCAACAACUGUUCAUACUACAACAAAUAAUAGUAAUAAUAUACAAUUUGGACGUGGGAAUAAUCGUAUGAAUACUUUUCAAUCAUCUUCAUCGAAUACAUUAGGAGGAGGAACUGUUGGUGGUGGUGGUAGUAGCAUUGGUGUUGUAUCGUCUUCAUCAUCUUCAUUACAAAUUCACUCACAUCCACAACAAAUUCAUACGCAUCCUCAUCAUCAUCAACAACAACAACAGAUACAUCUAAAUUUAGAUCAGGCAUAUACUAAUUCAACGCGUAAAUUACCAUCUCAACAGACUGUUUUCAAUGAUUAUUCUAAUCUGAAUGAAUUAGAUCAACGAUCUAUGAAUAAUGUGAAUCAUUGUGUAACAGUAGCAGGACAUAUGAAUACAAUAACAUAUCCUCUCAGUCAUCAUCAUAAUCAUCAAAUGGAUGUUAAUUUGCAUAAAACGAAUAAAUUAUUAAGUAUGGAAUAUAAUGACAGAUUGAUUACAUCUCAGUCAUCAACAUCAUCUCAACAACAAAUUCAAAUUAAUCCAACAGGAACAUCAUCAAUACCACCACCUUCAAAUAAUGCUACUAUGCUAUCAACACCGAUGAAUAACAAUGUUGUUGCUGGUCAUGUGUUGACAUCAGCAGCGAAAACAGCAACGACAAAACGUAAACGAGGAUCAGGACGUCGUGGUGGUGGUGGUGGUAAUAUAACGUCAGAUCGAAAUUCUAUACGUCCUAGCGGUGCAACUACUACUCGUGGUGGUAUGCAUACCACUGGUCCGGUGAAUGUCGUAGGCUAUGAAAGGAUGAAUAAUAAUAAUAGUACUAAUAAUAGUUCCGUAAAUUUAUACUCUUAUAAUAUUAUCAAUCCGGAACAACAAGUCAAUGAAUCCAAUCACCAAUGGACAAACAAACAAAAUGUUUAUAAUAUGAAUUUACUUGAAAUGCAACAACAACAACAACCACCAUCAUCCACUCGUGGACAUCAUCAGCAACAACAUUUGGCUAAUUUAAGUGGUUUCUUGCGUAAUCGUGCCCAGCAGCACCAUCAACAACAACAACAACUUCAUCCUGAGCAAUCGUAUGGAUCAAGUUUCAAUGCAAAUAACCCUGUUGUUUUAUCACAUCAAGGUCAUGUGUUUGACCAAUCACAACUGAGUAGCCAAUUUAACCAAUCUAAUAAUCAUCUAGUUGAUAGUCCAUCUGGUUCAUUAAGACGGCAUUUAACAACUAGUGGAGGUGGGGUUGGCAAUGUAUCUCGAUCUAUGCAACAGUCAUCUCAACAACAAUCUCAUCAAAUUCUUAGUCAUCCUACUGGAACACCUCAACAACUUCAAUCUGGUAUGCCAAAUCCACCACCUUAUCCAAUAUCUAAUCAUCAAUCACAACAAUAUUCAUUUCGUGCUCCUCCAUCUGAUGAAACUAAUUAUAUGAUGAAUACAAAUGAAUCAAGUAUUGAUGAACAAUUUAAACGACAAUCGAUAAAUCCUGUCAUGAAUUCUAUUCAUCAAUCUGGUACAACAAUGAUUUCACGUUCAUCAACUUAUGAAUCUCCUGUUAGUCAUCUACAAACUGAUGUUCCAUCACAACAACAACAACAUAUGUCUUAUAUACCGCCGUCACAAGUUGAUACACCAUUAAAUCCAUCUAGAAUUCAUUCUCGUGUUAUUAAUCAAUCUCAAUCUAAUCAAAUGAUUCGAUCUGAUAUAACACCAACGACAGUAAUCAAUACUGGUAAUAAUAAUAAUCAACCAUCUCAUAUGUCAAAUCUACCUCAUUCAUCAUAUUCACGUUAUACUGGUUACUAAUACUGUUAUUUUGUUUCUAUCCUUAUGUAUAUAUGUGUGUGUGCAUGUAUGUAUGAGUGUAUUAUCUAUUCUGUGAUUAUUCUUAUAUUAUCCUUCUUGUUUGUACAGUUAUAAUAUCUAAACAAUUAUUUGCAUAUAUCGAAGGGAUAAUGUCGAUUGGUGACUAUUAUUAUUCUAAUUAUGAGGUGGGUUGUUGUUGUUGUUGUUGUUGUUGUUGUUACCUUUUCAUCUUAUUUAUAAUUGCCAUUAUAAUUUCUUUUCAUCAAGGGGAUGUAAAUGGAGUGUAAAUGUUAUUCAUGUACGUUAAUACUACUUCUACUACUAAUACUAAUAUUAAUACUAAUACUACUACCAAUACUACUACUACUACUACUACUACUACUAUUAUUAUUAUUAUUACUGUUACUACUACUAGUACUACUACUACCACUUAUACUACUACUACUACUAAUACUAAUACUAAUACUACUGUUACUACUACUACUGCUACUACUAUUACUAUUACUACUAUUAUUAUUAUUAUCAUUAUUAUUAUUACUAUCAUCUUAAUCAUGUUUAAAUAUUAGAGAAUAUCAAAGAAGUGAGCUUAAUGAUCUUCAACCUGUUCUUUUUUUUGUUUUCUUAGAAAGAUAAUUGAUUUAAUUUACAGAAAAUGUUUUCUUGUAGUUUUUUAUUGUUGAUUACUUACUGAAGCUUGAUAGCCCCUCAUGGAGGAGUAUAGGACCGCCCACCAACCCUCUCCAUUCAAUAUUAUCCUGAGCAAUCCUUUCCAUUUGUUAUUCAUCCUUUACAUAUCUACUGGAAAGAAUGACUUCUGGUCAAAAUACCAGAGAAAGGCGAUCUCAGCAACUGUGAUAACUAUAAGGGGAGUCACUCUUCUCUCAAUAACAGGAAAAGUUUUCAACAGGGUAUUGUUAAACAUCAUGAAGGACUGUGUAGACGCUCAACUUCGUGACCAACAGGCAGGAUUCCGUAAGGAUAGAUCGUGUACAGACCAAAUUGCAACUCUACGGAUCAUUGUAGAACAAUCAAUUGAAUGGAAUUCAUCGCUUUACAUCAACUUCAUUGACUAUGAGAAAGCAUUUGAAAGCGUGGACAGAAC